AUGCAGUACUGGAACUCCACCCUGGACAGGGGCUUUAUGUUGAUGGGGAUUCUGAAUGACAGUGGGUCUCCUCAACUGCUCUGUGCCACAUUCACUGUCCUGUAUCUGUUGGCCCUGACCAGCAAUGGCCUACUGCUCUUGGUCAUCACAAUGGAUUCCCGGCUCCACGUGCCCAUGUACUUCCUGCUCGGGCAGCUCUCACUCAUGGACCUCCUCUUCACAUCUGUUGUCACUCCCAAGGCCCUCAUGGAUUUUCUGUGCAGUGAAAACACCAUCUCCUUUGCAGGCUGUGCCCUUCAGAUGUUUCUGGCAUUGAUGCUGGGUGGUGCAGAGGACCUGCUACUGGCCUUCAUGGCCUAUGAUAGAUAUGUGGCCAUUUGUCAUCCUCUGAACUACAUGGUCUUCAUGAGGCCAAGGGUCUGUUGGCUCAUGGUGUCCACAGCCUGGAUACUGUCAUUCAUGAAUGCUCUAGGACAUACCUUCUAUACCAUGCAAUAUCCCUUCUGCAAAGCCCGGAAGAUCAGACACCUGCUCUGUGAGAUCCCACCUUUGCUGAAGUUGGCCUGUGCAGAUACUUCCAGAUAUGAACUCUUUGUGUAUGUGAUGGGUGUGACCUUCCUGAUGCCCCCUCUUGUUGCAGUAAUUUCUUCCUAUGCACUAAUCCUGUUUACUGUGCUUCACAUGCCCUCAAAUGAGGGGAGGCAGAAAGCCCUAGUCACCUGCUCUUCCCAUCUGACUGUAGUUGGGAUGUUCUAUGGAGCUGCCACAUUCAUGUAUGUCCUGCCUAGUUCCCUUCACAGCCCCAAGCAAGACAACAUCAUCUCUGUUUUCUACACGAUUGUCACUCCUGCCCUGAACCCUCUUAUCUACAGCUUGAGGAAUAAGGAGGUCAUGGGGGUCCUGAAGAAAGUCCUGGGAAAAUACAUGCUAUGGACACACUCCACCAUCUAG